AUGUAUCGUGGAUUAGUUUGUACCCUGGUAUUAUGUUGUAUACAACGCGGAUUAACAGAAGACACCCAGAACAUAAGAGAGGAUGAGUCAUCACAACAUUCGAUACAAAAACGAGAAACUGCAGUACGAUAUGGGCCUGUACCAUACACAGAUCAUGAACGCGCCCCUCAACCCAAUACAAGGCGAGAUAGUGGUGCAACGGAACCAGGAGAAACAAGGGGAACAUACUUCUCCUCCGAAAGUUCUCAUUCUCAAGUCAGUGGACGGGUAGGCGGAUCUCAGUCUGGUUCUGCCUCGGAGUAUGAUCGACGAUCAAGAAGGAUUGAAGCUGAAAGGCGAAGAAGACAGCAUCAGAUAGAGUUGGAUAGAAGGAACAGGGAGAUAGAACGCCGUAAUCAGGAAAGACGUCAAUCAUCUGGGUCUGGUACUUCCGGUAGUAGUGGCGGAGAGUCGACAGGACGAGGGCGACAACAAUAUUCAUCUACCGGUCAAGGAGCUGGCGAAGGUUUCUAUACCGAAACCCGGUACUCAGGAACUAGUGGAACUAGUGGUACUAGUGGUACUAGUGGUAGGACUGGUACUAGUGGAACUAGUGGUAGGAGUGGUAGUUCGGGAUCAGACAGAAGUAGCUACCCAGUUUAUGGAAGCAAUGGUCAAGGAUCUAGUCAAGGAUCUAGUCAAGGAUCUGGUCAAAGAUCCGGCCAAGGAACUCGUCAAACGGUUUACCAAUCCAGUGGAACAUAUGUACCAUCAAGAGGUGGUUAUGUCCCCACUGGAACACGAAGUUACAUCCCUUCAGGAAGCUAUGUGCCCUCUAGUGGUACAAGGGGAACCUUUACAUCAAGUGGAACAUAUGUACCACGGAGAACAUAUGUUCCAAGUAGUUCGUAUGUCCCCAGUGGAUCAGGUACCGCGUUUGUAUCGAGGGGAUCUGGCACCGCAUAUAUACCACGGGGUUCAAUAAACCCUGGCGGUUCUGGGACAUCGUUUGUACCAAGGGGUUCUGUCAAUCCACGCGGGGCUUAUGUGCCAGGUGGAACUGGUUACGUAUCGACAGGAAGUGGUUACGUUCCCAGUGGCUCUGGAAGUGGUUACGUUCCCAGUGGCUCUGGAGGUAGUUACGUUCCCAGUGGCUCAGGAAGUAGUUAUGUACCCAGUGGUUCUGGAAGUAGAUACGUUCCGGCUGGCGGUUCCUAUGUUCCCAGUGGUGGGUCAUAUGUUCCUUCUUCCUCGUUACCUAGAUAUACAGCUAAUCCACAGUAUGAUUCGAUCUGUCCACAGACUGGUGUGCGAUUAAGGAUCAAUGGAUUAGACUGCACUCAGGCUAUUAAUCAGUUUGGAUCGUCAUUGUGUUACCGUCACGAAUUUACAUCACGAGAAUGUUGUGAUAAAUGUCAACCAUUGAAACAACCAACUAAAGCAGGAUGUGAAUACGGCGACCAUUCCUAUCAAUGUCGACAGUUACAGAGGUUUGAUUGCUAUGAUCGUCGUCACAAUGAACGAUGCUGUGAAUCCUGUCAAAGAUUCAGAACUGGUGAUCCUGGAUGUGAAUAUGGCGAUAUGACGCCGAGAUGUGAGCAAGUCAGAGAAAAACCUAGUCUAUGUUAUAUCCCAGAUAACGCCAGGUUCUGCUGUUCUACAUGUGCUUCUUUAAAAGAUACAUCAAAACCAGGUCAGAAACUUAUAGCCCGUGAAUGUCCAUGGGGCGACCAAAAUAUUAAUCUUUGUGAAGCCUAUCACCCUGGUGGCGAAGUUCGAGUCAAUUGCUAUUCACCACCAAUAGCUAGGUUAUGUUGCCAGUCUUGUCAACGAAUUAAAAGUCGUUACUCUGGGCAAUAUGCUGUAAGAGGUUGUGAAUAUGGCGAUAAACCAGUCAUAUUUAAUACUGAUCAGUUUGGUAGUUUGAACUGUACAGCAUUCAUUAGACAGUUCUCUGCCGAGCAGUGUACCCUUAACCAAGCAGUGGCAGAGAAUUGUUGCUUCACUUGUGGGCGAUAUCGACAACAGUAACGCUGUGGGUGUAAUGUCGAUUCCAAUUGCUCAAUAUAUAGUAUAUAGAGUAUACAAGAAAAGUGCCUAUGAAAGGAUUCUAGCUUGUAUAUUCUUGUUCGCUUCCGUAGCAAUUGGUAUUUUGUAUAUAUUACACAGAUAAAUAGCAUCGAAUUUACUAACCUUACCAUUUUUUAAAACAUUUGAACAAAUUUAUUUAAAUAGGAGUUGAAGAGGAGGCCAUUUGGGACUGAAUUAUGAUGUCAUUGGGUUUAAUUUGGAUUUUUAUUUUAUCUGAAUGCAUUUUAUCACCAAAUUGUCAGUAAGGUAGAAAAGAAUGUAAGACUCACGUAAAAAAUGUAUCGUUAUCGCUAGGGUCAUGUAUAGUUAACUGAAGGAUAAAAAUCUAUUCAUUCUGAAUAUGUUUGGAAUACAAUAUACGAGUGUAGGGUGACAAUUCGGAGCCUAUCUUUGAUUGCAUUUUUAAAUAGCUAUAAUAUUUACUGUUCAAUUCAUUAAAAGUCACACUUUUGCCAGAGGUUUUCCAUAACUUGGAUCCUUGCUUUGUGGCUUCGAAAGCCUCCACAGUGGCACAAAUGGGUUCGUCGUCAUGUUCAAACGGCUUUUCCAGCAACUGUUUCUUCGUGUUGAUGUACAGACUUGAAGUGUAGGUGGCCACUGUGACCAUUGAAAUGGCAUCAGAUAGGCUACAAAUUUUAAACCCCACACCCGUUUAAGCUUGUUUGCAUAAUAGAUAGAUGAUCAUUUCAUUGAUGUAAAUAAUCUUUUUACUUUAAUAAAAUAACAACCACAA